GCUGAAGUUGCGCAGUGGUUCAUGUGCGACGCUCUUCUUUGCGGCGCGUUUGCUGUUCGCAGCGUCACAAAGAUGAAAGAGCAGUUUUUGAAACCACUUCCUCUUAAAAUGCACUUAUCCCAGUGACCUGUUGCACGCUCACCCAGAAACUGCGGCUUAAUAACACUUUGACGGGCUUCCGUGCAACUAGUCCCCGUUGACAGGAGGCAGCGGGGCCACUUCUCAGUAGCAGGCCUGGCAGAACUAAAAGAAAUAUUAACAACAGCCAUGCUUUUACUGCUGGGGUGAGAGUUCCUCUUGCAGGGUGCACUAAAAAUAUGCCAUAAAGCAAUUUAAGGGAGCAGUCAAGCAUUAUUAUUUUUGUACCAUAAACUCUUCUAAUGAUUAUACAUAGUGAUUUGUAUUUGUGUAAGAACUAGUGCAAACGUGAAAGGUUUGCUGUUUAAAAUCAACCACAUUUAAUGUGUUUUUUUAUUGCCUGGAGUGUUCCGUGCAUUCGAAGGGACUCGGAUCAGCUGUUUGUUGUGAUGUGCCGCUGCCGUAGUACUUGCAGGAGGUGCGUGUUUGCCGAGCUUCCUGCGGCCGCUGCGGGGUAGGUUAGCAUAAACUCCUCCUACCGCGGCGCUAGCAUGGGCAGGUCUCACACUAAUAGGACGUCGGCGUCCCGCACAGAAUGCGUGGGAGCGGUGCGAGGAGAUGUCUAGUGCGAUGGGGGACUCAGAGAAGGGAAGUUUAGACAAGGAGAAAAGUUCUAACAGUACCACACAGAAGUCCAAAGUGUAUUCAAGCCUGGAGGGCCAGGGCGUCUCUAGUCGAGAGGACCGGGAUGACCUAGUGCGCUCGUCCAGCCACACCCCAUCUAACAAAGCUCAGAUACUGACCAUGCCGCAGUUUGCUCUGCGCGACACCCUCAUCAAGUGUGAGCUGAUGAAGAAUGAGGACAUUUACACUUACCUGGAGAACUUCAGCUUCUUCCUUGGCACGUUUAACGUCAAUGGACAGGCUCCAAAGGAAAGCCUCCGUCCUUGGCUGAGCUGCACCCUCCACCCUCCAGACAUAUACUGUGUGGGUUUCCAGGAGCUUGACCUCAGCAAGGAGGCUUUCUUCUUCAACGACACCCCCAAAGAGCCAGAGUGGACAAAGGCUGUCUCUGAGGCCUUGCAUCCUGAUGCCAAGUAUGCCUUAGUGAAGCUGGUGCGGCUGGUGGGCAUCAUGCUGAUCUUCUAUGUGAAAAAGGAGCAUGCUGAGUUCAUCUCGGAUGUGGAGGCUGAAACUGUGGGCACCGGUAUCAUGGGAAGGAUGGGCAACAAGGGAGCUGCGGCCAUUCGUUUCCGCUUCCACCACUCCGAUAUCUGUGUCGUUAACUCUCACUUUGCGGCCCACAUUGAGGAAUAUGAAAGGCGAAAUCAAGACUACAGGGAUAUAUGCAGCCGUUUACAGUUUCGACAACUCGACCCGACCCACCCUCCGCUCACUAUCAUGAAGCACAAUGUGGUUUUGUGGAUUGGGGAUCUCAACUACAGAAUUAGUGACCUUGAUGUAGAUGAUGUGAAGGAGCUAAUCAGCAAGAAGGACUUUGAAACAUUGCACAGUUAUGACCAGCUCAAGAGACAGAUCGAUAAGGAGGCUGUUUUUGAUGGCUUCGUGGAGGGAGAGAUUGAUUUCCAGCCUACCUACAAAUACGACACCGGCUCUGACAACUGGGAUACGAGUGAAAAAUGCCGUGUGCCUGCGUGGUGUGACCGCGUCUUGUGGAAAGGGAGGAACAUCGAACAAAGGCACUACCAGAGUCACAUGGCCCUGAAGACAAGUGACCACAAACCAGUCAGUUCUAUGCUCAUCAUUGGGAUCAAAAGAAUAAACGAAGAAGCCUACAAGAAGACCUUUGAAGAGAUUGUACGAAAUAUUGAUAAGAUGGAGAACGAGUGUAUUCCAUCUGUGACGUUGUCACAACGAGAGUUUGACUUUAAGGACGUGAGGUUCAUGGAGCACAAGGCACAGACACUAAGCCUGUUGAAUGAUGGGCAGGUCCCAUGUCAGUUUGAGUUCAUCCAGAAGCCGAAUGAGCCCACUUACUCCAAGCCCUGGCUCACAGCCAACCCCUGCAAAGGCUUCAUAGCUCAGGGUGGUUCUGUGGACAUUGAGCUUGAGAUUUUUGUGAACCGCUCAACAGCGCCAGACCUUAAUUUUGGUAAGGACCAGAUUGAAGACAUCCUGGUCCUUCAUCUGGAGCGUGGCAAGGACUACUUCCUCUCUGUGAUGGGAAACUAUCUGCCCAGCUGCUACGGCACUCCUAUCAGUUUGUUGUGUCAGCUAAGGGAGCCCAUCCAGGACAUGCAGCAAAUGACCCUUCGUGACCUGGUGGAAAUGUCUGGAGAUCAGAAUUCAGUAAACACUGAAAAGCCUCUAGACAUUCCCAAAGAACUCUGGAUGAUGGUGGAUCACCUGUUCCGUAAUGCAAGCAGACAGGAAGACCUAUUUCAGCAACCUGGGCUAAGGAGUGAAUUGGCUGAAAUAAGAGACUGCCUUGAUACAGGCAUGCCAGACUCUCUUCCUGGCAGUAACCACUCUGUGGCAGAGGCUCUACUUCUCUUCCUAGACUCCCUCCCAGAGCCUGUAGUUCCAUACUGCUUUUACAAGCAGUGCCUAGAAAGCUGCUCCAGUGCCAGUCAGUGUGAGAAAAUUAUCUCCAUGCUACCUCAGUGCCAUAAAAAUGUGUUCAACUAUUUAGCUGCCUUUCUUCGUGAACUGUUGAAGAAUUCUGCCAGCAAUCGAUUAGAUGCCAACGUUCUGGCAACCAUUUUUGCCUCCUUGAUGUUGAGGUCACCUAUGAAGCAGGAUUUUGCAGAGAAAAGGAAGACUCAGGAGUUCUUUCAGCAUUUCCUGGUACAAGGCUCCUCCUCCUCCUAGGCGGAGCAAUUUAUCUUCAUGUCCAUCGUGCUGAAGCUCAACACUAAAACUGUACAGUUCAGUAUUUGAAGUUAUGAUUUCUUUAUUUGUAGAUGGCCCUUUGUAUAGAUAAAUAGUAUAAUUACUGUAAGUGACAGUUGCCAUCUGAUAUUAGUUUAUUUUUUUUAAGCAAUGUUCAUCUGUUGAUGCAGUUUGUUUUUUGUCACUGACCAAGUGUAGAGACCUAACAAUUUCUAAAUCAUGUAUUUUUUAUUUAAAAAUGUAUUUUAAUGUUUUGGAUCUGAACAGCAUAUUUUAUAUAUAAAACUGCUGGAAAC